CAAACAAAAACAUCUACUGGCCACUUCAGAGAAUCAUCUGUCGUGUUCUGUUUUUUCUCAGAUUUUUAUAAAUUUUUAUGAACAUGAAUGAAUAGAGAGCAUUGAACCUGAAUCGUUCCAUUAAUCAUCAUCAAAAAUGCGCUCACUUCACUUAAUCGUCUUCAUCACUAUCAGUCUUUUUGUUAAAGCUUCUAAAAGCGACGAUGGGUUUUGUUCAGCGCCUUCGAUCACUGAAUCGGAUGAGAAUUCGAAACCCAUUUACGGGAAAGUCACGAAUCCAACACUCUCUCCUUCGCACCUCCAAGACUUGCCGGGUUUCACAAGAAGUGUAUACAAACAAGAUCAUGCGUUAAUAACACCGGAAAGUCAUGUAUACAGCCCGUUACCUGACUGGACAAACACAUUAGGAGCGUAUUUGAUCACACCUGCAAUGGGUUCCCAUUUUGUCAUGUACUUUGCGAAAAUGAAAGAAAUGUCAAGUUCAGGUUUACCUCCACAAGACAUAGAGCGUCUUGUAUUCGUCGUCGAGGGUGCUGUGACACUGACUAACACAUCUAGUUCUUCAAGAAAAUUGACGGUUGAUUCAUAUGCCUACCUACCUCCAAACUUUUAUCAUUCCUUGGACUGUGUUGAGUCUGCAACACUUGUUGUCUUCGAACGGAGGUAUGAUCAUCUGGGAAGUCACACAACAGAGCUUAUCGUUGGCUCCACAGACAAGCAACCACUACUUGAGACUCCCGGUGAGGUUUUUGAGCUGCGGAAACUUCUUCCGGUCUCCCUUGCUUAUGACUUCAACAUACAUAUUAUGGAUUUUCAGCCUGGAGAGUUUCUCAAUGUUAAGGAAGUUCAUUAUAAUCAACAUGGUUUGUUGCUUCUGGAAGGCCAAGGCAUUUACCGUUUGGGCGAUAACUGGUAUCCAGUUCAGGCUGGUGAUGUCAUAUGGAUGGCUCCUUUUGUUCCUCAAUGGUAUGCUGCACUCGGAAAGACGAGGUCUCGGUAUUUGUUGUACAAAGAUGUGAAUCGCAAUCCCUUGUGAGCAAAGAUCUAUGUGGCUUGGUGGGAAGUUUGAAUGGGGUCAACAAGAGUUCUUUGUCAAAGAAAGAUUCGGAUUGAGUAAACUAUUCAAAAAUUUUAAAUUAUCUAAAAUUAUCUCCAAGCUUUUAAAAGUACUCAAAUUUUCUUAAAAUUCUCGAAAAUAUCCAAAAAUACCCAAACACAAAAAAUCUUACACUUAUCCGUUCGGAC